CACUGCUCUAAUAUUUAUAUUUGGAUUUAUUAUAAUUGCGAAGGCUAAACAUACAAGAGAACAUAUAGAAUUAUUUAAACAAAAAAUGGAAGAAUGUAGAACUGAACAAAAUGUUUCAGAUGAUGUUAUUGGUAAAUUUGUCACCAAGCAAAUAAAUCCGGAAGUUAAAUGUUUUGCAGCAUGUGUUAUGGGAAAAGUUGGAUUGAUGAAAGAAGACAACACACUUAAUAAAAUAGUAGCUUUAGAAGGUGCUAAAGAUUUUUUUGGUAAUGAUCCAGAAUUAAUUAAAAAAUUAGAAACAGUUAUUAAAUCAUGUUCUGGAGAAACAGAUGCUGAUAAGUGUGAAGCAUUUCAUAAAAUAUUCACUUGUCUUGAAAAUAAACGUAUAGAAGAAGGAAUUGAAAUGAUAUUUUAAAUUGAGUGUACGUACUCGUAUAACAAACAUAAAAAAAGUGUUAUAUGACACAAAUUUUUUGUUAUAUAAAAAAAAAUUAAAAUAAA